UCAAGCGAACUGAGUCAAGAGGCAGCAGCACGACCUGCACGCCCGGCUCAUGACGCGCGAGAGGGGGUGAGACUCGGCGCGUGGUGUCACCGUGGGAACCGGGAGACUGACUGGCGGACAGGGGAGGGGCGCGCGCCAGUGUGUGAGUGGACUCUCUCUCUGGCACAUACCCGUCCACUCACUGCCUCUCCUCUCAAUCAUUAAUUCCGCGCUAUAAAGGAGCGUUAUCAGGCAGCGGAUGGUGCUCGUUAAGCGCUAGGACAGUGCUGAAAGUGAUGAUGAUGACGGAAGGACAGUGCAGCCGCUGCAAGAUCGUGGUGGUCGGUGACACUCAGUGUGGAAAAACGGCGCUGCUGCAUGUGUUCGCAAAGGACAGCUACCCAGAGGUGAACGGAUCAGAAUACCUAUCUUUCUAUCUAUUUUCAGUGUUUGAGAACUACACGGCGAGCUUUGAGAUCGACAAGCACCGCAUCGAGCUGAACAUGUGGGACACUUCAGGGUCCUCGUAUUAUGAUAAUGUACGGCCCCUGGCGUAUCCAGACUGUGAUGCUGUGCUCAUCUGUUUUGAUAUCAGCAGACCGGAGACACUGGACAGCAUUCCUAAGAAGUGGCAGGUGGAGGCUCAAGAGUAUUGUCCUAAUGCAAAGUUGGUGCUGGUUGGAUGUAAGUUGGAUAUGAGAACAGAUGUCAGCACCUUACUGGAACUGUCCAAACAGAGACUCAUACCUGUCACUCAUGAACAGGGGAGUUCACGAGCACGCGAGCUGGGCGCAGUUGCGUAUGUGGAAUGUUCGUCCCGAAUGUGCGUGAACAGUGUCCGAGACGUCUUUCACAUCACCACGCUGGUGUCCGUCAGACGUGAGGCCAUCCCGAGCCUCAAGAGAAGCUCCUCGCGCCACGCUCUCAAGCGCAUAUCUAAUCAGCCUCUACUGCCAAUCAGUUCACAAGCCACGCCCCUUGAACCCACCCCGACCCUCAGGGAGGACAGAGCCAAGAGCUGCACAAUCAUGUAGACUCACAGUCACAGUGGUGUGUGUGAAUGAAGAGAUGUGCACAAAAAAAGACAGAUUCUCUGUAUUUAUGGGAGAGUCAUAUUGUCCCAUAUAUGGCCCAUAUGGGUUUGUACAGCUGUGUGAAUACAUUAUACAGAGGAGUUCUAUUUAUUAACUUCAAGUUUGCUUUUAUUUUUAUCAUUGUGGUAUUGCUUCGCAGACCUAAGUGUCACAAACUGUGUAAAGCAGAUGCAAAAGAAUAAUAAAAAAAAAGGUUUGGAA